CGGGUAUCCGACUCUAGUAGGCGCAGCUGAGCAUGCAGGCGAACUUCGAUUGGGUUGGAAGCCAACUUCGAAGACGACGAGUGUAGAACUUCUCAGCACGAGCGAGCGUUGAAUGAAACAUGGUCCUUUGGAGCUCGCUGCGACACCCCUAAGGCUUCUGAAGGGGACUAGAUGAGUGGGCCCUGACCUUGUCUGAGCGGGCUGCAAUGGCCUUGCCUACAGCAAACACAAUCCAAGUGCAAAGCCCCUCACCUGCUUUCUCCGCUUUCAAGAACCUGAAGGUUGGCAAAACGGUGGUAGCCAAAGGGGUGCAGCCAGAAAGAGGCAGUCGGGUCAAGCACGGCCCAAUGUUAGCUAUGUCUGUCUCAAAACAGUCAGGGGUGGGGUUUGGAAAGCCUGUUUGUAUAUUCUGCAGCAGAUUGAAGGCUCGUCGCAUUGGAGAGGACAAUUGGGGAUGGCCCGGACAGCAUGCGUUGCAAGGGCCACAGUCUCUGCCUCUGAAAGCGCAAGUUUCUGGGUUGUUUUCACAUCGAAACGGCGUCGAAUUGGAAAUGCCAGGGUAUGUUGUGCGGCCAGGCAGUCAGAGGCAAGUAGGCCGCAGUUCAACAUCAGUAGGAUUGGAUAGCGAUAAAAGUGAUUGGGCCGGAGGGCGAGCUGUUGGCUCAAGGAAAUUUGCUGCUGGCGCCUCACAAUCAGACGGCCACAUCGGCCAACACGACUCACUUCCCAGUUCAUCGGCGAUUGAUCAGCAAGGGCAUUCGCAUGGGGACCAAUCGCACAGCAAUGGAUUUCAGCCUGUACAGAACGCCGCACAAAUAGAUGCGCUCGAGCACAAACGCGAACAUGAGCACGGGCACCACCGACAAAAUGAAAAUGGAUAUGAACCCAGACAUAAUCGCAGUUACACUGAAGGGCAUGCACAAGGUCACACGCACACUCAUGAUCACGCACACGGACACAGUCCUGAAAGUGACCACACACACGAUCACGAACACGAUCACGGACAAAAAGCUGGUCACUCGCAUGGGCACGGGCAUGAAAAUGGCCAUAGCCACAGCCACGGCGGUCACAGCCACGGCGGCGUCGAGGCCGUGCACGACCCGAACCGCCUCCAGGCUGCCAUUCUGGCAAUCGCGAAGGCCCUCCGAUGGUACCAGCUCGCAAACUUCCUGCGGGAGAGUCUUCCGGUCGCGUUCGGAGCCAGCGCGCUGCUCCUGUGCUCGUUCCUCGUACCCCGGGUGCUGCCGACUGCCGUUGGGGCGAAGAUUGGGACAGCGCUCGUAACGGCGGUGUUUGGGCUGAUCGGGACGCCGGCGUUGCUGGACUCGAUGGUCGAUCUCGCGGGGGGGCAUAUCAACAUCCACGUGCUUAUGGCGUUGGCCGCGUUCGCGAGCGUUGCGAUGGGGUCGCCGCUCGAGGGGGCGCUGCUGCUGUGCCUAUUCACAGUUUCGCACGCAGCGGAGGAUGCAUUGAUCGAGCGCGCGCAGACUGAUGUCAGCGCACUGGAGGAGCUGUCCCCUGAGUCUGCUCUGGUGCUCUCAUACUUCGAUCCAGCUCACCCCCCUGCCAUGAACGCCUUAGUCUCCAACCCAGUCCCUCUCAAGACAGUGGCACGGAACUCCUUUGUCCUGGUGCGGGCGGGGGAAACAGUUCCCCUGGACGGCGUUGUGGUGAUGGGCAAGUCUACGUGCACUCUGGAGCACCUGACCGGGGAGUCCACCCCCGUGGUCAAGAAGAAGGGGGACUCGGUGCCCGGGGGCGCGCAGAACUUGGAGGGCCUGCUCAUUGUCAAGGUCGAGAAGGUCUGGUCCGACAGCACCGUCGCGCGUAUCGUUCGACUUACCGCCGAAGCCGCCGCCGGGCGUCCGAAACUCCAAAAGUGGGUCGACGAGUUCGGCGAGAAGUACAGCCAGGUCGUGGUGGUCCUCUCCGCUCUAGUUGGCAUCCUGGGGCCGGUCCUCUUCGGGUGGCCGCUUUCCGGUCGGGGGGAGAGCCCCGGGGCGAUCUACCGGGCGCUCGGGCUGAUGGUCGCGAUGUCGCCGUGCGCGCUCGCGGCCGCGCCGCUGUCGUACGUGGCUGGGAUCAGCGCGUGCGCUCGCAAGGGCGUGCUACUGCGCGGCGGCCAGGCUUUGGACGCGCUCGCCCGCUGUGACACCGUCGCAUUCGACAAGACUGGCACCCUGACUACAGGGGAACUCCGGUGUACGUCCAUCCAGCUGCUACACGGGUAUGCAUCGGAAGAGACCGCGUCAGGCUCGCCGGCACAUGGGGAGGCGCUGGCAGUGGCUGCCGCCCUAGAGCAAGCCGCCACCCACCCAAUCGCCCGGGCCGUUCUGGAGCACGCCCGGGGCAAGGCUCUUCCCAACGUCACUCUCGAGGACUUCCGAAACAUCCCCGGGGAGGGCCUAACUGCCCGGGUUACCACGCUAACCGGGCAGCAGAAGACAGUCAAACUGGGCACCAUUGAGUUUGUCUCGGAAGGGCUUGGCGCCGAUGCAGCGGAAGGGUUAAGGAGGGCAGUGGAGCGAGAGGCGGAGAAGGGGAAGGAGUCGGUCAUGGCGGCCAUGUCGGUCGGGUCGAAGGUCAGCCUGUUUCUGUUUGAGGACAAAGUGCGCCCGGCAGCCGCUGGCGUGAUCGCGUUUCUGCGUGGCGUGACGCGGCUGCACACCGUCAUGCUGACGGGGGACCACGAGGCGAGCGCCGCAAAGGUCGCGCGGGUCCUGGGGCUGGAAAAGAAGGACGUGUUUGCGGGGCUCAAACCAGAGGACAAGCUCCGGCACGUGGUCGCCCUCUCCGCCCGGGGCGGCAAGUCGGGCGGGCUCAUCAUGGUCGGCGACGGCAUCAACGACGCGCCCGCGCUGGCAGCGGCCACGGUGGGCGUGGUCCUCGCGGAGCGCGCGAGCGCCACCGCGACCGCGGCCGCGGACGUUUUGUUACUACAAGACGACAUGGAGGGCGUUUCAUUCGCGGUCGCGAAGGCGCGGCAGACGCUCGCGGUCGUGAAGCAGAGCAUCUUCUUCGCGUUGCUGUGCAUGUCGAUCGCGGCGGUCCCGGCGGUAUCAGGGAUCAUCCCGUUGUGGCUGACGGUGAUCGUGCACGAGGGGUCGACCGUGCUCGUGUCGUUGAACGCGCUACGGGUGUUGCGGAACCCGAAGUGGCGGAUCGAGGGGAACGGGAGUGACUCGGAGGAGAGUGAGGGAGAGGCAGGGGAUGGGGUGGCGGUUGGAAAAGGGUACAACGCGGCCGUGGCUUGAGGUGGAUUGUUGGAUUGGGUGAUAUGUUUGUGCGUUUUUGAGGGGAGAGGAAGGGAAAAUAAGGUCAACAAUAAUCAGGUUGUUAUCGGAGGUGGUUUUUCCAUAGUACCUCUAUUUCGAAGAAGAAAGCGAGGUCCUUUUGACGAAGCUAUUACGCCUCAGAUUGACGUUGUAAAUGUUUUUCACAGCCGACUGCUUCGAAAGUACGGUUCUUGCGUAUUGGUCAUGGGCAGGGAUAAGACCCAUUUCCGAG